AUGGGAAAGGCUGCUCCCUGCCACCCAUUGGGACAAGCCACGUUCGAUUCGCAGGCUUGGCAUUGUUUGGAUGGGGCGGACCGUGGCUUUUUGGGUCUCCUUUUCGCAGAUCCUGAGACACCAAAGAGCAUACAUAAGGAUGGGGCUCUGGCCGAAGCACACUACAAUGUUACAACCACGAAUCUCAUCAAUAGCUCACCACUUUCUUCGACUCAGACAGACACCUCAGAGACGCAGAUCAUGUCGAACAGUACGGAAAUUGAGUGCACGUACGCCACUUGCUCGGUCAAGGAAGAUGGCAUGCUUGAAUACAUCCCAACAUUGCCUGGCAACGCGGCAUAUGCGGGGGUCUUCGUUGCUCUGCUGGUCCUCCAUAUCUUCUUCGGCGUCAAAUUCAGAACAUGGAGCUUCUUGGUGGGCAUGACGUGCGGGAACAUCCUCGAGGUGGCAGGCUACGGCGGCCGUAUUCUGCUGCACCACAACGUGUUCGAGAAAAACUAUUUCAUCAUCAACCUGGUCGGCCUCACCAUCGGACCUGCAUUCCUCUCCGCCUCAAUCUACCUAUGUCUCGCCCGCAUUAUCUACAUCUUUGGUGAGAAGCUGAGUCUGCUCAGACCGAGGGUCAUCACAUACAUUUUCAUGGCGUGCGACUCUGUUUCUCUGGUGCUGCAGUCGGCAGGAGGUGCCAUUACCUCUAUGGCCGACGAUGAGGCGAGCAAUCAGCGAGGGGUCGAUAUCAUGAUCGCCGGUCUUUGGUCCCAGGUGGCAUCCUUGAGCAUAUUCAUGCUGCUCUGCGCGCACUUUGCUUGGUGCACGGUCCGGAAUCCGCACAAAAUCAACGGCGAGACAAUCGUUCUCAGAUCAACUGUCAAGUUCAAGUGUUUUCUUAUAGUUGCCACCAUAACGAUUCAAAUUCGAUCCGCUUUCCGACUCGCAGAGCUACAAGACGGCUUCGACGGAAAGCUGGCCAACAACGAACUUCUCUUCAUGAUCUUCGAGGGCCCAAUGAUCAUCAUUGCGGUCGCCGGGCUUACCAUUUUCCACCCUGGCCUUGUGAUCGGCCGCGACAUGUGGAAAGCUGCCAAGGGUAAGAAGGCAAAAGAUAUCAAGGGUCCAUACAAGGAGGUCGCGGACGAUGAGGACUCCAUUCCCAUGAUGCCCCCGGAUACCCAUUCGAGGAUGCAGAGUUAUUCCCAUUUGGGAACCCCGGAGCCGUAUGGAAAUGGAGGCAUAAGGGGAAGCAGGGACCAGCUAUAA